AUGACUUUAGCAGCAUCGUGGGAGUUUAAUUCCAUCCCUCCGCGAGCUCCCCACCUUGGCGGCUUGUGCGAGGCCGCAGUGAAGUCCAUGAAGACCUUGAUGAUGAAAAGCUUGGGCAACACUGGGCUAACGUACGAGGAGCUUCAAACGAUUGCAAUCGCGGCGGAGGCAAUCUUAAACUCAAGACCAAUGGCACCCCUAUCCGAAGACCCGAACGAUGGAGAGGCACUUAGCCCAGCGCACCUGCUGAUUGGGUCCUCUCAGAUGUCUGUUCCGGAGCCUUCAAUUGACAAGAGCAGACCAUCCUAUCUUACGCGGUGGCAGCGCAUAACGUACUUGAAGCAGCAGUUCUGGGAGCUAUGGAGGCGUGAUUAUUUACAUACACUUCAGGCGCGCUUCAAAUGGCUCAAGCCCGAUGCCAACAUUCAAAUUGGCCAAAUUGUAAUAAUUCAGGAGGAUAAUACACCUCCCUAG